GCCAGUGACACAUCUCUGGAGCUCCUCUCGCUCCGGCUUCUCUUCUAUUCUCCUCUUUUUUUUUUUGUGGAGAGAUUUAACAUCCUGGAUGUAAAUCAUAAAGGAAAUAACUUUCUGUGGAGUUUACUGGAGGUUUUCUUUCUUCUCCAAAGCAUGAACACUCAGGUUCUGACAGGCAUGCUGCUGCUGCUGCUGGUGAUGGUGUCGGUGUGUCUAAGCACCAGGUUCAAAGUUCUCUUGGCCAUGCCCAACACCUCCACACCGUUCAGCGUGGGUCGCAUUGGAGCCGCGGUGCUCAUUGCUGUCGACACGGUGAACAACAGCACCAGGAUCCUGCCAGGUCACCAGCUGGACAUCCAUUACGUGGAUGAUGAGUGUGACGAUCUAGUGGGUCCGGGGAGGAUCGUCGCUCUGCAGCACAAACACAAGUACAGUGCAUUCAUUGGGCCAUGCUGCUCGAGAGUGUGUGCUGUAACGGCUAAGCUAGCGGCUUACUGGAACAUCGCUAUGGUCAGCCCUGUUUGUGCAGAUCAACAGUUUUUAGAUAAAAAGGCGUUUCCCACUCUGACGCGAGUGUUUGGCCCUUUCACUAAGUUGGGAUCCUUCUUUGUAGAGAUCUGUAAGAAGUUCGGAUGGCAGCGGAUUAGCAUCGUUUAUAACAGUGAACUCAAGUGGAACACUCCGGCUGAGGGGAUUCGGUACCAAGCAGAGAAUAAUAACAUCACAGUGGCAAAAUAUCUAGAGAUUGAUGGUCCUCCUACCCAUAAUUCCACUGUGCUGAAGUCGAGGGUUCUGACUGAGAUCUCCAGCUCGUCUCGCAUUGUAGUGAUCUCAGCUCAUGGCGAGGUGGUGCGCAGUUUAAUGAUCGAAGCUCACGCUCGAGGUCUGACCAGUGGAGAAUACGUCUUCUUCUGCUUCAUGCCCUACACUCAGGAUGAAAUGUUUGGUAGUUUUAAAUGGAAACAAGGAGAUGAGUAUGACUCGGUGGCGAAGCAGGCCUAUCAGGCACUUUUCAUCUUGUCCAUGUACAAACCUGAUGAUGAGCAGUACAGAGCUUUCUCUGAGAACGUCAUCAAGAGGUCAAAGCAGGACUUUGGAUACGUGUAUGAACCUCAUGAGCAGGUAUCGGUUCUGGCAGCUAUAGCUCAUGACAGCGUCUGGAUUUACGCUCAGGCUUUACAUGAAACGUUGAGCGAGAAUUCUGACCCGUUUAAUGGGUUCGAGGUCACGCGUCGUAUGUGGAACAGAACCAUCACUGGUAUCCAAGGAGAUGUGAUGAUCGAUGCCAGUGGGGACCGUGAGCCGGCUUAUAUGCUGGAACACAUUCAGGGCAGUGACAGCCCGUGUCAGGUCAUUGCUAACUACUUUGGUAAGGUGUACGAGGCAGUGGAAGGAAUUCACAUCAUCUGGCCUGGAGGAAGGCAGAGUCCUCCUAAAGAUUCCCCUCCAUGUGGAUUUAAAGGAGAACAAUGCGCCAGCAUGGAGAGUAGAUUUUCGAUUGCAGUGGGUCUUAUUGUGGGAUUAAUGGCCAUAGGGAGUCUUUCAGUCACUAUUCUCUACAGGAAGAACAAACUGCAGCAGAAAGCCUCCAUGAUGCUGUGGAAGAUCGAUGUCGCUGAUGUCAUCAUGAUGGAGUCUCGCGGCUCGGCGGUGGCAGGAAAGACCCAGCUGCUGAGAUGCAAAUCCAUACAGGCUUCACUCGAGUCCAUAAUUUGCAGCAUGCAGGACAAAGCUUCAGCCCAGAGAACUGCUGUUUAUAAUGGGACUGUUUGCUGCGUUCGCUUCCUGAGUGUGAGAAAUGUGCAUCUAAGCAGUAACCUGUUGACCGAGCUAAAAUGGUGCAGAGAUUUGAGCCACCAGAACAUCUGCAAGUUUGUUGGAACUUGUCUGGACUCACCACAGCCGGUUAUUCUGACCGAAUACUGCCCUAAAGGAAGUUUGCAGGACAUUUUAAAGAACGACUCCAUUAAACUUGACUGGAGCUUCAAAUGUUCCCUCAUGCUGGAUAUUGUAAAGGGCAUGGACUACCUUCACUGCAGUCCCAUACAUUCCCACGGCCGCUUGUCCUCCUCCAACUGUGUGGUGGACAGUCGCUUCGUCCUCAAGGUCACUGACUUCGGCCUGAGCGAGCUGAGACAUGCCGGCACAGUGGACCACUGGAGCUCACUUUUAUGGAGAGCUCCUGAGAUCCUGAGGCAGAUGGUGCGUGCUAACGGCACUCAGAAAGGCGACGUGUAUAGUUUUGGCAUCAUCGCGCAGGAAGUGGUGUAUCGCAGAGGACCUUUUUACAUCCCUAACAGCUCCCUUAAGGCCAGAGAGAUAGUGGAGCUGGUGAAGGAGGGCGGCUGCAGGCCGUUGCGGCCCCACGUGGACGCAUCCGAGUGUGAGGAUGGUGUGGAAGCUCUGUUACUAAGCUGCUGGAGUGAGAGAGAGUCAGAGAGGCCGGAUUUCUCCUCGCUCAGAACCACCGUGAAGAAAAUGUGCCCCAGCGGUGAGAAUAUCCUGGAUGAUCUGUUGUCACGUCUGGAGCAGUAUGCGUGUAAUCUAGAGGAGGUGGUAAGCGACAGAACGGCUCAGCUGCAGGAAGAGAAAAAGAAAGCAGAGGCACUCCUUACCCAGAUGUUGCCACGAUCCGUCGCCGCACAGCUCAUAGCCGGGAGGACAGUGCAGGCCGAGACCUACGACUGCGUCACUGUUUAUUUCAGUGACAUUGAAGGCUUUACGGCCAUGUCGGUCUCCCUCACGCCCAUGCAGGUGGUGAACAUGCUGAAUGAUUUGUACACGCAUUUUGACAACAUCAUCGACAACCACGACGUGUACAAGGUAGAAACGAUAGGCGACACAUACAUGGUGGUGUCAGGGCUUCCGAUAAGAAAUGGAGACGAACACGCCAGAGAAGUAGCCAGAAUGUCCUUAGCCAUGGUGCAGGGCAUGGAGAACUUCGAGAGCGUACACGUUCCUCAACAGCGACUGAAGGUCCGCAUCGGAAUCCAUUCAGGCCCGUGUGUUGCUGGUGUCGUUGGUCUAAAAAUGCCACGCUACUGCUUAUUUGGAGACACUGUCAACACUGCCUCGAGGAUGGAGUCAUAUGGUAUACCGCUGAAGAUCCAUGUGAGCAGUUCUACUAAAUCUCUACUGGACACUUUUACAACAUUCCAGUGCGAGCUGCGAGGAGACAUCCACAUUAAGGGAAAAGGUUUGGUAAGAACAUACUGGCUUCUGGGAGAGCGGGGCUGAAGAUACUCUAUAGUCUAUUGCUCUUCUUGAAUAGAAGGUUUACGUUUCUGUAAUAUCACACUUCACUGAGCAAAUUUCAAACUAAAUUGAUUUCCACACUGUAUCAUUUGUCUGCAGCUGCGGUUCUACCUGUGCUGCGGAAAAUGACAUUAUAGAUGUGUUGUUGAUUAAGUGCUAAUUUCACCCACUGUGUAGCAGCAAGCAAACAUAACCUCAUUAUGUUGAACACAGAGUUUGAGAUGCGAAAAGGAACACGAACAUUUGUUAAUGACUAGAAAACUCAAAUAACUUUUUUUUAUUGUGAAUUUGUAAGAAAAAAAGUUCAGAAAUAUUCUUUUUCUUAAAAGUGCUAUAUUCCAUGAGACCUAUUGUUAAUGUAAUAUAUUUUACAAUAGUUUAAGAAAACCUUAACUUAUA